CACUGUCUUGUCUUGUUCUUUUCAGAAUGUUACUCUGACAAUUUUAGUAAUUGGACUACUUUUUUCUGUGGCUUUCCAUUUGUUUGUCAAGGAGAAUAAGCCCCAGGUUACGCAUCAACAGAGGGAAGGCGAUGAGGUUGAUAUUGAUCUUGAAGCCUUAGUGCAUCUAACAUGGAAGGAGUGGCUUAAACAGCCACAGUUUUACCAGAUUGGUCUACUGUACAUGGGCACCAGGUUGUAUGUUAACCUUUCUCAAGUUUAUGCACCACUAUACCUUCAAGAUUCACUUAAGCUGGAGAGAGAUAGUAUUGCUAUCAUACCACUUAUUAUUUAUCUCAGUGGUUUUGGGUCAUCAUUUUUCAUGAAGCUUCUCAACAGGAAAUUAGGAAACAAAAUAACCUAUCUUCUUGGAGCAUUAUCAGCAGUAGGUGCUUCUGUGUGGCUGUACUUUGGAUAUGGAGAUACAUUCCGUUACAUAGAAGUCUAUGCUGUUGCUGUUUUAAUAGGGAUUGGAGGUUCUACAAUGCUAAUUACUAGUCUGUCCUUGACAUCUGAUCUAAUAGGCAAUAACACGUCAAGUGGUGCAUUUGUGUUUGGGGCAAUGAGUUUUUUGGACAAAAUAUCCAAUGGUCUAGCUAUUGUGAUCAUUCAGGACAUACACCCUUGUGUGUGGUGCUGUAAGGACUGUCAGUGGUACUACCAGUAUGUUCUGGUGUUUUCUUGUGGAGGAUCAGCCAUUUUCACACUCUUCCUUCUUGCUACCUUAGCAUGUUCACCAAUAGGAGUAAAGACAAGAAGUGGAAUUGCCAGAUCUAACCGAGCUGUUGAAGAGAUUAACUACAAAAAUAAUGAUGGAGCAUCACACUUAGGUAUUCAUGACAAUGAAGAUAAUGACACAACAAAUUUAAUUGAAACUAUGAGUUCAGUCAAUUGAAAGUUGUGAGGUUUACCAAUGCCUUUUACUUUAUCCAUAUGGUCACUUGUAAUGAUGCUGCCUGAUAAGACUAUUAUAGAAAUAGACCUAUGUUUGAACAAUGUACAAGGUUUACAUAUGUUAAAGAUUCUGUUAGCAGUGUCUUACAUGUAUGAUUUUUAUGAGUUUAAUGGUACUGUUGAUUGAUUACAUUGAGUACAAAAAAGAAUGUGGACACAUUACAGAUUAAUUAUAGGUAAAAGAAUAUUAAAAAACAAUUUACAUUGUUUGUAUGUAUUAGUAUUUUUAUCAGGAUUUACUGAUUUAUAAAGUUUGACUUUUCCAUGUAAA